AUGUCGCCCUCUCCCCAAUUAGCUCCGCCCGGGAGCAGCACAUACUCCUCCAAUACUCUACACGUUGGGGACGGAACAUGGGAUUCCCAGCGGAAUACCUUCCUCCUGCCCAACCUGAUGGGUCUCAAUUUUGAGACAAUGCAAUAUAAUGGAAUGGGCAAUCGUUUUCGAAACAUGGCCGGAUAUCACUCUCUUAUCCGAGGUCAUGGUGUGAUUGCGGCGAUAACGUUUCUCGGCCUCGUCCCUAUCUCCAUCCUAAUAGCUCGAUUCUACUCGCGAAGCUCGUACUGGUCGCUUCGAUUGCACAUAUGGAUGCAAAUCCUCACUCUAUUCCUCACGACGGUUGUCUUUGUCACUGGUUGGUUUGCGGUCGGGCCCAGUCGAAGUUUGACAAAUCCGCAUCAUGGAAUUGGGCUUGCCAUAUAUGUACUCGUUAUAUCUCAGAUAUUAUGGGGCUGGUUUGUUCAUAAUCGGCUAAAGGGCAAGAGAAGACUAUAUCAGCCCUUCACAUUAAUGAUUCACAGUUGGCUGGGUCGAGCGAUCGCUCUCCUUGGUCUUGCUCAAAUACCUCUUGGCCUCACUCUUUACGGGUCACCCUUGUCCUUGUUCAUCCUAUACGCUUUAGCUGUGUUCACUCUGCUUGUAAUUUAUUUUGUCCUCUCUUAUCUUCGCGAACGGCGCUUGGGUCUCGAUUACGAUAGGCGCAGUUAUUCAGCAGGACCGGAAGUCAUCGACGACAGGAAUGGCUCUCUUGCAGCUGCUGGUGCCGCUGGGGCUGGAGCUGCUAUUCUGGGGAGUCGGAUUCGGAGGCGCUCACGGAGCAGAAGCUCGAUCGACGAUAGAUCUGAGAGAGCGCCUUACACCGAUGAAAAGUCAGAGGACCAACGUCCGGCAGGCUGGAAAAGAAAGUUGUUUCAGUUCGCUGGAAUUGCAGGUGCGGCAGGGUUGGCAAAACAUGCCUUGGAUAAGCGCCGUGAUCGCGAGGGCGAUGCCGAAUCUGGAAGAUACCGCCCAGCCCACACAGCGACGGAGAGCUAUGAUGAUGAUUAUACAGAGAGUCGACUUGAAGAAGGACGAACUCCACCGCCAGCAGCUCACCGCCAUCGGUACGAGCAGUCGCCCAGUGCACCUCAAACCCAGUAUACGGAAUCUGAAUUUACGAGUAGAAAUAUCGGAGGGCAUGGACCGCGGAAUGCAAUGUUUGGCGCAGGUAUAUUGGGUGCAGUCAAAGGCUUGUUCAAGAGCCGUGCAGCGCGAGAAGAGGAGAGACGACUGGAAGAACUGAGACGGGCUGACCUGGAAAGUGAAAGAAUGAUGAGAGAGAGGAGAUAUACUGGCGAUGGUCGCCCUUCUCGAAGAAACGAUCAGCGAUAUCCGUCCUUUAGCGAGGUAACUGGCCCCACGGACGCGGAAACUGUACAAUCUGCACCAAGCGAUGGCCCUCCAGUUCCCCCUCACCACCAUGAGCUUGGUUCUGAUACGGUGACGUCUCUGGACCAGAGAGCUGACCCGGGUGCGGCUGCUGGAGGAGCAGCAGCCGGUGCUUCAAAUCAACAUCGGUUCAGCGGUACGCAAGGAGAGUCUGUCGAAUCUCCUCCGGUCUCGAUCAAAGUGAAAUUGCACAACAAUGGUCGUCGCGUUACGUUGAGACAAUUGACCCGAGAGGAGGCAGAAGCAACCCGCGAAGCAAGGCGCAGGGAUCGCAGUAGAUUCGGACGUCGUCGUCGUGAAGCCUCACUAUCUGGAGGCGAAGGCGACGAUCAUUGGCGCAGAGUUGAAGAGCUGGAGCGACAACAGGAACAGGAGAUGCGGAAUGGCAAUGCAUCCGUCGUGAGCGCUGGCCCUUCUGCUCCUCCUCCAGCACCGCCGGUCUCUCAACCUGAACCUAAGCCGCCGGCUGGCAGUGGCCUUUCUCCGAUACCACCGCCUCCUAUUCCUGCUGCUGGAGCUAUACAUUCUCCUUUGACCAUGAGCACCGACCUGAGCGGCAGCUUCGCCAGCCGAAGUGGUCGACGACGUGCGGAGCGAAGAACACAAGCCAGACAAGGGGGAAGUCGGGUGGAAUUCACAUAAUGAACCCGGCCAAACCAGUUCUUUGAUUCAUGCACAUAUAAGUCGGACGAAACUGUUAACGUUUUAUGGAAUUAUAUUAUGAAGUAUGAAGUUUAGGAAAUACAUGGCUGGGCAACUGGGCGAACAGGAUAUUCUCUCAAAGGUAAGUUAUACGAUCUGGAGUUGGAUUGGGAGAAUUUAUCAUCGAACCUCUUUCUAUCUCUGAAAGUCAGCUUUGAUAUCUUUGAUUUUGUUCUCAAGUUUCGGUGUCAGUCUACCCCCUAUGUGUAAAACCAUGAUUCAAAAACAGUUUAUUGAGUUAUUUUGGAUCAUGCAUUUUGUUAUUUCCAGAAAGCGCCAUAUUUCUUCUCUGUUGUGGAACAAUUGACUGAAUAUGGUGCAACAAAUUCUACAUUCCUUUUUGGCAUAGCUUUUCAGAUCUGGGAAGCAAAUUGAUUAUACAUUCCUUUAUGAAUUCCAUCCACAUGAUGGUUGCCUUUAACUGUUUGUUCCUUCGGAAAUAGCGUUUCCUGCAGGCUAGAAUCGCUGUUCGGACAGAUAGCUGGCAACAAAAAUUUGGCCAAUGGAGCAAGAUAUAAUGAUA